GCGGCAGCGCCCGCAGCUCCCCGCCGCAAACCUUCCUGUUACUCCCCGCCUGGAAUGGAGAUUUCUUCCCACCAGUCUCACCUCCUGGAGCAGCUGAACGAGCAGCGGAAGCAGGACUUGUUCUGUGACUGCAACAUCCUGGUGGAGGGCAAGGUCUUCAAAGCCCAUCGCAAUGUGCUGUUUGCCAGCAGCGGCUACUUCAAAAUGCUCCUUUCGCAGAGCUCGAAGGAGACCAGUCAGCCAACAAUAGCCACGUUUGAGGUCUUCUCUCCAGAGACGUUCAUGGUCAUCCUGGACUUUGUGUAUUCAGGGAUAUUGUCUUUAACGGGUCAGAAUGUGAUCGAAGUCAUGUCAGCCGCCAGCUAUCUGCAGAUGACGGAUAUCCUCAAUGUCUGCAAGACCUUCAUUAAGUCCUCAUUGGAUAUUAAUGAAAAGGAAAAGGAUCAUUACCUCAGCCUCUCGGCCAAAAGUGCGAGCACUGAGCCCACCCCUGCCCGCCCGGCUCUUUACCGCUCCAGAAGGAAAGCAAAGAGCAACCCCCGGCGCUCCUACUCCAUCCCGGAUGAAAAACCCAACGGGAACGAGAACUCCUGGAGCAGCUACAGCAGCUACCUGUCCUCGCAGGUGAUCCUGCAGCGGGCAGAGACGCAGCUGUCCAAAAGAGGCAGGAAGCAGAGCUCCACGAGGAAGCGCCGCAAGCACCGGGAGCUGGCAGGGGGCAAAGCGGACAGAGCCGAGCGAGCCGGAGCCUCGGAUCCCGCCCACGGCUCCCGGGGCAGCGGGGAGGAGGAGGAGGAGGAGGCCGAGUUUGAUGCCGAGAACGAGGUGGAUCAGGAUGAGUUUGGAUAUCACCCCGCAGCAGAGGCCGCAGCCAAGAGGUGGUCGGUGGCUCAGCUAGAGCAAGAACUUUCCAGAACUCCUGAGUUCAUGGAGUUAAAGGCAGAAGAACUGUACACCUCAAUGCCCACGAUUUUAGGGGUAAUGAGUAGCUGGAAUGAAGGUGACCUGCCCCGCAUGCGGUUCAAGUGCCCGUUCUGCACGCACACGGUGAAGCGGCGGGCGGACCUGAAGCGCCACCUGCGGUGUCACACCGGGGAGCGGCCGUACCCCUGCGAGGCGUGCGGGAAGCGCUUCACCCGCCUGGAGCACCUCCGCAACCACUUCCAGACGAUCCACCAGGCUGGCAAGCUGAUCUGCAGGAAGUGCAAGCGGCAGGUGACGGAGCUGACGGGCUGCGUGGUGCAGCAGGGCACGCGGCGCUACAGGCUGUGCCACAAGUGCUUGGCACAGGCCAAUUUCGACAGCAUCCCCGAGGAUUUCAGUCCUGCUGGACACUCUCCUGCCUCCUCCACGGGAAAUAAACGGCCCAAAUGGGAUUUGGAGGAGGAGCAGAAGUCAGGGGAAGAGACAGGGGAGGAGGAGCCCUAUAAUUUGGUUGUUCGGCACAAUAGUGAUGAAAUUCCAGAGGAGGUGAAGGAAAAGGUGAAGCCAAACCUGAGGUAGAGCUUUGUGGAUUUGUUCUUGUUGUGUUCAAGAUGAAAUGACAAUGAUGGUAUUUUACUUUUAAUAAAAUGAAGUGUUGUUAAAAUUCUGUCCUGAGAAGCAACAUUGGGACUGAAAGAAGUUGUUUUGCAGACGUGGAAGAGUGUAAUUGCUUCUAAAUGUCAUCCAGAAAUGAGGAUCACUAAAUAACCUGAGUUGAAAGGAACAUUGAAGUCCAGCUGCUCACUUAUUAUCUGGAAAUUAUUUAGAAGAAUUGUUUUAUAUUCCAUCAAAGACUUGCCCAGAGCUCUUGCUGUGAACCAAUUUACAGUUCUACAAAGGUUCUCUGUGAUACAGAUUUUUAAAAACCAAAUAUUGCUAAUUUGCUUUGGAAAAACUCUCGGUGAGGUGAGCAGCUGAGAAAUGUUAAACCACUUUUUUUUUGCUGUAAUUAAUUUGUACAUAACACAUCAGAAAUGCUCCUAAGAAAGGAGUGAAGGAAACAAGUGGAGUUCUUCCUGUUGAAGAACCUUUUUAUUUUUGUUUUCUCAGUGAACUUUACAGCUUCUUCUAGUUGAGAAAAGCAUGAUUUAGGAACUCCCACAGCAGAGUAGAGUAGGUGACCAGAGCAGCUGUAGUGCACUUGGAUAGUAUGAAUUUGCUUUUUUUUUUUGUACUGUGAAUUUUAUAGAAAGAUACACCAAC